UCAUUUUCCGUGUUGAACACUAUCAGCAGUUAGUAGCAGGAGGUCCGCUGGAUGAACCGUCGAUCGCAGGGGAUAUUUAAUAUCAAUCAGGGAACAACAAGAAAGACAAAAUGAAGACGUUAAAACAGCUCCAGAUUGCAGCCGUCGUUGUAGUGUUGAUGUGGAUGCGAGCAACGUCAACGUUUUUGCCGUCAAGGAAUCCGAAGAAACUAGACUGUGACUCUCGAUGCAUCUGUUAUAAGACAUGGAUUAAGUUUCGACAUAGUUAUGAACAGAUUGUUAUGCGCUGCACACACUUGAACUUGACAGAGGACCUUUUACCCUUACCUCCAAAACUGUCCAGUAAUAUGUCUACAAGGCUGUAUUUGGAGAAUGGCACAAUUCCCUAUCUCUCAAACACUUCUCUGUCAGUGUAUUCUCCAUACAGGAUCGUCAUUCUCAGUCUGAAAAAUAACACCAUUGAAUACGUAGCCAAGGACACCUUUGGUAAUUUGAUGCAUUUGAAAACACUUGACCUCUCAGAAAACAUCAUUCAUGAGGGGAUUCUAAAGGAAGCUUUCUAUGGAAUCGCCUUGACGCCACUCAAAACAUUGAAUAUAAGUUCAAUGAACCUUCAAAAUGUUUCUGAUGACUUUUUCAAGAAUUUAAAACGUAUUGUCAAUUUCAAUCUUAUAUUUCGCGACAAUACACAUAUGUUCCCAAUGACAGCACUCAUGAGACUGAAUCACAUGAUCUCACUUGACUUUGGGAGAAAUAAUUUAACACUUAUACAUCUAUACAAUGCCAGUUUUACCUCUUUAAGAUAUCUGAAUCUUGAUAACAAUCACUUUUAUGACUUUCCCGAUUUCUGUUUCAAAGAAAGCAACAGUUCGAGGUUCCCUAACCUUGAAACCCUCAAAAUUCAGUGGAAUGAGAUGAGAUAUAUACACCGGUUUCAUUACAACUGUCUUACUAGUCUCACGCGUUUCUACCUAAAUGGUAAUCUGUUCCAGGAACUAAGAUCCAAUCAGUUUUCGAUGCUCCCAAACAUUGUCAAGAUCACCCUGUCCUAUGUUGGAUGUGCGAUGUGCAUUAUUGAACGAGCAGUGUUCAAUAAUUCGGCAUUAAAACAAAUAUAUUUUCGCAAUAAUCAUAUUUGGUUUAGGAACGCUGGCAUUACCUUACGUGUAUUUGAAGGAUGUUCUUCGUUAGAGUUAUUAAAUCUUAAUUACAAUAUUGUCCAAAUCACCAGAGAAGAUGGAUUCAAUACAUUGCUUGGACAUCUUACUCAACUCAAGACUUUGAUCAUGGGAGGUAACAGCCUACGUUUUAUACCACGAGUUAUAACUGAAAGAUUAACCAACAUUGAGAGUCUUUCACUAUAUUCGAAUGAUAUAAAAGAUUUGACGCCGUUGAAAAAUAUGACAAAUUUGAAAAAGUUGUUCAUGGGAAGUAAUCAAAUAACAACUUUAGAUGAGUCGUCUUUCCAACACUUCAGAAGGAAUUUAAUUACAAUUAAUCUCUCUAAUAAUCCCUUUUCCUGUACAUGCAAAAUACUUUGGUUCAUUGAAUGGAUGCGCAAAGAGACCAACAUAUUUGGCUUUAAAACAAAUCCAAAUUUGACGUCUUUUUACAUGUGUUCAAGACCAGGGGACCCGAUACGACAUCGCUUGCUGGAUUUGGAAAUGUCGGAAAUCACUUGUUUAUUGGGUAUGGAUGUCAAGAUUACAACUCUUACCUUAAGUAUUUUGCUCAUUGUGUUCCUCGUGACAGGGGCAGUGAUGUAUCGUUACCGUUGGCACAUCCGAUACUUCAUCUACAUGGUCAGGUACAGUCAACGUCAGGAGGUGGACACACGCGAAUACGAAUAUGACGCGUUUCUAGCUUAUUCUGCACCAGAUCGUCACUGGGUCAUUAAGACUCUACUUCCAGUUCUUGAGGGCCAAGAAGACCUUAAACUCUGUGUUCACGAUAGGGACUUUGAGGUUGGCAAAUUAAUCGUUGAUAACAUAGUUGAUGCUAUUGAAGGAAGCCGCAAAAUCGUCAUCGUUCUCUCCAAUGAGUUUGCCCAGAGUGAAUGGUGCCAGUUUGAACUGAAUCUCAUCCAACGUCACGUGCUGGAAAAUGGACAGCGCCUCCUGGUGGUGGUGAUGCUGGAGGAGAUAGACACGCGCCACGUGACCAAAGCUAUGAGAGCCAUGUUGCAGACGACAACCUACCUGAUGUGGGGCGAGGAAGAGUAUGCCAGAAAAGCCUUCUUCAACAGACUGAGGAUGUUACUUCGCAAAGCGACCAAACAUGGAGGGGAACGGAGACUGUCAGUCUAGUCUGGUCUAUUCUUAAUAUGCAAUGAUCAAUCAACCAGUAAUAUCUACAUAUGUACGGAAACCACGUUGUUGCCCUUUUACUGGUCGCGGUACAACUGUCAAGUGCUGUGAGACUUUGAAAUGAGUCAUCGACCAUUGAAGCAGUGAUUUUCAAGAGUAUAAAGAGGAAUGUAUGUGAUGUACACACAGCUAUCCAGUUCCGAGACAGUGAGAUACCGAUAUCGAUGUUGAUUUAUGAUUAACAAUGAUUGAUCAAGGGAUCUGAGUCCGAAAUAAAAGGACGGAACAACAGUCCUACGGCAUCAGCAACAAUAUCCCUGACAUUACAAAUCUGUAAAUCUUGAGAUCUUGAGAUGAUAGCAUUUGCCUGUCCUACAUACGCUCGUGGAUGUAUCAUAAUAUGUUUUAAACAGUUUUGUGACAGAGCAGUUGAUGUUAUGUUCUAAGCUUGUUAGUUUGCUGAUUCAAACUAUAUGAACUUGAAACUGUAUGAGAAUCAACGAAAUAUCUUUAGCUUAGAUUAUAUUUGUUCUUUUAUUUUAGUCGAACCAGUAGAUAUCCUUAUGGAUGGAGCUUGAGCUUGGAGAGCGUCAUACCUAAAGAGGUUGAUAUAAAAUGUCAAUGCAAGAGAAUAACCAGUCUUGAUUAUGCACCGAAACAUAUUCCAUUUGGUGUAAAGGUCUAAAUAUCUGUGAAAUUAUAUGAAUGGACCACUGAAAAUCAGUGAUGACACCAGGUGUUUGCGAAAAGGGUAAGUAUGUCUUGCCCUACCGGUUGUCAUUCACACAAUUUGCAUUAAAAGACGGUGAUUGCUGCUUCCUUGCCUUGCCUUCGAGAUUAAGGGAAUAAACCACCGACUGGUCGGCUCGAAGUCAGUAUACUGUGUCUGAUUGAGGUAUCCCCUUGGGCUAGCGGUCCCAAAUCGCGUGGCAAACCGCGCACAUGGAAACUCAGCCUAAAGGGCGGCGGCUUUUACAUAAGACUGUAUAGCUUGUUUGUCAAUCCCCAUUCAUAUAUUUAUGUAUAAAAAUCUGUUGAAACAAAAUACAUUGAAAAGCCUGGUAUGUUUGCAUUAAAAUCAAGACAAAGAAAUCUGUAAUUAAAAUGUGUGAGGUGUAAAUGUGUAAGUCAUAUAUUUCUAACUUAGAUCACCGGUAUGUAACCCAGGUAAAGCAUGCAUAUCGGGGAACAUUGCAAUGUGGGUACAGUUUAUCGUGUCUUCGUGCUUUAGCAUUACACAUUGGCUUUUCAUAUUCCUCAAGGUUUUAAUGUUUAUUUGUCAUAUAUUUCUAACUUAGAUCACCGGUAUGUAACCCAGGUAAAGCAUGCAUAUCGGGGAACAUUGCAAUGUUGGUACAGUUUAUCGUGUCUUCGUGCUUUAGCAUUACACAUUGGCUUUUCAUAUUCCUCAAGGUUUUAAUGUUUAUUUGUUUAUUUACUUCUUUUUUUUUCUCUCCUUUAUUUUUUCUGGGUUAUAUAUUUAUCUAAAUAUACAUUUAGUUACUUGUAUGUGUGGGGGUGUUUAACAGAAACCUGGUUGCACCAUGAUAUUCUAGCCACUGAUACCAUUUUCAAAUCGUAGCCUGUAUUAAGGAAUAUAUUUUAGAUCUUAAAACAGAGUAAAACGGACAGCCUGAGUUGGAGGCGCGCGUGGAUAUGUUGACAGUUUUUACGUAGUUAGUGUUAAAACCGAAUGUUUGCGAGGAUUAAUAAGAUUUCUGAUUUCAGUUACAUCAGUAACCGUACAUGUAUUUGUUACAUUAAGUCAUUUCAUUCAAAUUCGUUUGGUAUGAUAUAUG